AUGGAUAUGCUCGAACAGAGUCUGGACAACGCCAGCCAAGAUAAACAAGAAGAGGCGGUGCAGGCAUCAGACGACGGAACUGGAGACGAACAGACAGCCGUCACUAUACAGCAGGACACAACGUUUGGGGAAUACCAGUUCCGCACUGAGGGUGGUCAGGUGACGUACCGGGUGGUCCAGGUCACUGACCAGCACCAUGAGGGACGGGACGACAGUGACGGAGCGGUGAGCGUUGUUUCCACGGCGGCCUUCAGUGGUGCUCCGCAGGCUGUUGCUCAGGCGGUGAUCCAGAACCCUUUCAGUAAUGGAGGAAGCCCAGCAGGGGAGUCGGCGGGAGGUGAGGCGCGCUUCGCCUACUUCCCUGCAGCGGCGGUGAGCGACGGGACCGUCUCCGUGCAGGCCUCCGCCGCCGACCCGACCCUCACACAGGCGGGAGGCCAGUUCUACGUGAUGAUGACGCCUCCCGACGUCAUUCAGACGGGCGCCACGAGAAGCAUCGCCCCGCGCACGCAGCCCUUCCCUGCAGAUGAAAACCAGACGCUGCGGCACGAAGGUUUAAACUGGAAAAUGGAAGGCCCGCGAACACCGCGAGAUGAAAGAAGGAGAGCGCAGCAUAAUGAAGUUGAAAGGCGGCGGAGGGACAAAAUCAACAACUGGAUUGUGACACUCUCCAAAAUCAUCCCUGACUGCAACAUGGACAGCACCAAAACUGGAGCAAGCAAAGGAGGCAUCCUGUCCAAAGCGUGCGACUACAUUCGUGAGCUCCGCCAGGGCAAUCAGCGGCUGCAGGAUAGCCUGAAGGAAGUGGAAAGAAUCCAGGUGGACAAUGAGCUGUGCAGGCAGCAAAUCGAAGAACUGAAGAACGAAAACGCCUUGCUGAGAGCGCAACUUCAGCAGCACGGCAUCGACAUGGUGGGGGAGACGCCGCCGCAGUAG